GUAGAGAAGGAGCUGGAGGCGAGCCGGAGCCGGAGCCGGAGCCGGAGCCGGAGCCGAGCGUCUGGGUUCGUUCGCCCCGCGCUGAGUGCCAGCAGCCGGUGGCCAGAAGAAUGACCACUCUCACUCGGCAGGACCUUAACUUUGGACAAGUGGUGGCUGAUGUUCUCUGUGAAUUCUUGGAAGUGGCUGUGCAUCUCAUCCUCUAUGUCCGAGAGGUUUACCCUAUUGGAAUCUUCCAGAAGAGAAAGAAAUACAAUGUGCCUGUCCAGAUGUCCUGCCAUCCGGAGCUGAAUCAGUACAUUCAAGAUACCCUACACUGUGUUAAGCCAUUGCUGGAGAAGAAUGAUGUGGAAAAGGUCGUGGUGGUGAUUUUGGACAAAGAGCACCACCCAGUGGAGAGAUUUGUCUUCGAAAUCACUCAGCCUCCCCUGCUUUCUAUCAGCUCAGACUCUCUGCUGUCCCAUGUGGAGCAGCUGCUUCGUGCCUUCAUCCUGAAGAUCAGCGUCUGUGAUGCCGUCCUGGACCACAACCCCCCAGGCUGCACCUUCACUGUCUUGGUCCACACGCGGGAAGCAGCCACACGAAACAUGGAGAAGAUUCAGGUGAUCAAGGACUUCCCCUGGAUCUUGGCAGACGAGCAAGAUGUGCACAUGCAUGACCCCCGGCUAAUCCCACUGAAGACCAUGACCUCAGACAUUUUAAAGGUGAAGCUGGGUGGGAAGGACUUAAUGGGACCUAGGCAUCCCAGUGACUGCUAGGAGACAGAUUUCACAAUGCUUAGAGAAUGCUUAUGAGGGGCUUAGUGGCUGUGACCAGCGUAGCCCCAGGAGACCUCCUAAGCUGCCUUUGGUUGAAGGCUUAGGAAGAACCAAUCUAUUAUUUUAAACUCUCCAGGAAGGAAUUGGUCUCUCCCGUGCCUUACAGCUAUAACCCUGCUAGCCAUACCCAGGGCAGAGCCCUGACUCCUAGCAGGGAAUCCUGACCCGUCUGAUCUUGAUUGGCCAAGGGCACUGUGGACAAGCUUCCUCUCACCUAGAGGGUGGGGCAGAGGGCAGAGAGUGGGCAGCCCUUGGCUAUUUCCCCAUGUCCCCUGAUCAGUCACCCACCCCUUGAGUGAGAGCAUUUGUCUCAGGUCAGAAAAAGUCCCCACUUGGAUCUUUUUGCAGGUUCCUAGAGGCCAACUGUCUAAUCCCUACCCCCCAGAAGCAUCCCUUCUGUGACAUCUUGGGCAAGUGGACUUGUUUGAAGAGUGCCAAGAGAAGCUCAUGACUUCCUAAGGCAGCCUGUGCCACUUUUGGAUGGCCCCCAUUAGGGAAUAGGGGUUAGGAUGUUUUUCCUGCCACCAAGUCCAAAUGUGCUUCUCUGUUACUUCUAACCACUGCUCUCUGGCACCAGAUAGAACAAUUCUGAUCCCUCCUUUGAGCCUCAGUGUUCCCAUCUGUGAAAUGGGGGUGGUGGUGGUAAUAAUAAUUCUCUGUAAGCUUUAGAGUGCCACAGAAACAUGACCUUUAACCAUCAUCACCACCGGCAUGGUUUCCUUCUAACAGAUGCAGUUGUACGUGGAGGAGAGGGCUCACAAGAGCAGCUGAAGCAGGACUGGACUUUGGCAGCCACCAUGGGCCCCUCUUGGCCUGAAACUGCCUCGCUGGCUCCAAGUGCUCUUACCCCGUCGUCUGACAGACCAGGCAAGUCCAGCAUCACCCUUGAGACUGGCUCCCUCGGCCAGCUCUGGUCACAGACCGACCAGCCUUGGAUCACUAGGAAGGAAUCCCAGGGAGAGGGUGGAGAGAACCUACGACCCUGUUCUCUGCUGUCCUUGGGUCCUUUUGAACACAAGUGGCCAUUGUAAAUCGGACUGUGGUUUUUGUUUCAAUAAAAGACCUGAGGGCA